AGUUCGUCUUAUACUUCGUAAUAAAAAUGAAAUGAAAUAUGUGUUCUACAAAAAAACCUAAUCAUUGUGAUGAAGCAUAGCAAAAAGUCGGAGACACCAUGGACACCGAUAAAAUUAAAUUGUUGUAGAAGGAGAUGGCAUACAAAUUUCAAAACAUCCAACUAUAGUAAGUCAAGUUUCCAUGAAAGAGUCUUAUCAAGAAAAGAAAAACAAUAUUAUACCCAAAUAUUUUUCGCCAGCGUAACACAAACAGCAUUUACCAGAAAAUCAUGGGAGUCAGACAUAGGUGGAAAUCGAAAGGUUAUAGCUAAAAUAUCCUAUAGAAAAGGUAUUCCUUAUUGCCAUACAUCUGAUUUCGUGAAUAUUUUGUUUCUUGACAAUAUUCUUAAAGGCGAAAAUAAUUUAGUAGACUGUUUGAAAGAUAUACUUUUCGAGGAAAAACAAAAAAUAUCGUCAGAGAAUUUUGAGAAAAUAACUACUAAAGAAGAAGCAAAAACAACUAAAACGGAAACCAUCAUUACUCACCCAAGAAGAAAAACAAAUUCACUAUGUAAUCCGCAAAUAUUAGAAAAAUCUCUAGAUAAAUUAUAUAGAACGAAGGAAAAACCAGCAUGUCCUGUAACACAAGGACCAGAGCAAACAUCAACUCUCAAUGAUACUCCCUUAAAUCAGUAUAAAACAAAAACCGUACCACGCGAAAAUGAAACAUUGUGUUCACAUAAAACUGAAAUAAAGUGUCAUUAUCCACGUUAUAAUGGAACAUCAGAUCAGGCAGAGAAAAUGAAAACAUCAGAUGAACCAAAUAGAACUGAAAUUAUUUCAGUUAAAUGUCCAAAUCCACACAAGAUAUCAUAUUAUCCAAGACGACCAGUAUCAACAUCGGCCAAAGUAAAGAAAACAAAGAUAUGUAUUGAUCAGGCUAUAGACGCAUCACAUCUGAAAAAUAUAAACGAUGAAUCUUUGGCUAAUAAAUCGGAAAGAAACAAUUUUCCUGCGUUGAAAGUCAAAAAAACAGCAAAUAAUAUUCCUACAUCUGUAAAUGACGGCAGUAGAAAAGGAAAUGAAAGUAGUAAACAAAUAUUCAAAAGUAAAAACAAGGAAAAAACUGAAUAUGUAAUUAUCUUUUCACGACGAAAAAAGAAAAAAGACUUGGCAAAAGAAACAAAUGAUUUUGCUGAAAUAUCUAAUUUGCUAAAGAUAAUAUUUUUUGAUUCCGUGUUCGAUAGUCAUAAUGAUAAACAUUUGAAUAUAAAAAAGAAGAACCAAAAUCACAAUUUGGAAAUGAAUAUUGACGCUAAAAAGAUAUCUUUUAAGAUAUCUGAGGCAAAACUAAAAAAGUAUUCUGUAAAAAAUAAAAUCUCUAAACAUAAACAUGGAUUUAUUUUUCCAGAAGUAACUUCAUCAGUAAUGCGCGCGAAAAAAGUGGACGAUGAUGACGAUUGGAUUGAUUGUCUAGUACCACGAACAUGUCCGGUAAAAAAUAAAAAGAAGGAAAAAAAAGAGAAAACAUGUACAGAACCAAAAAAGAAAGAGAAAAAGAAAAAGAAGAAAAAACUACCACCAUGCCAGGAAGAAAUAGUCGUCUGUAAAAGAGAAAAACCACCCUGCCAGAAAGAUGACGAAGAAGAUGAUAAACUUUGUGAAAUUCCUGAAUGCAAGCGUGAGUUACUGGAGAGGUUAUUUGAGGACUGUUUUGAAAAAACCGAAGGUCAGUGUGGCCUCAAGGCGUGCUGCUCGAUGCCAUCCUGUAAAAAGGCACAAAUGAGAAAGCUUCUUAUGCCAUGUGAUAGUGACUCUAGUGUGGGAUCGGUUACUAACGCGACAACAAGUAAAAGUAAUGAGAUUCAAAGUAAAAGUAACAAUACUGAUGACGAACAACCCUGUGGCUGCGAUCAAAUAAAAUCAUUACAAUCUCAGAUGGAUAUGCUCCAGAAAUUUGUUCAAUCGAAAUUAGAAGAAAGCAUAUCGCAUAUUAUGAAGGCUUCCAAAGAAAAGAAACCUACGCCUUGUAAGUAUUUAGGUACCUCAUUAUUAAAUGCAGGUUCAACACAAACGAGUGAGUUUGCUAUCAAUGAUCCAACUAAAUGCCCACCAUCAUGUGCUACAGUACCAGAAACUCAGUCAAAAUUGGAAUGUGUAGAAGGCUGUCCAGCUAAACCUAAAGUAAAAAAGUCAUACUGCCAGCUGAAGCGCGAAGAAGAAAAAACUUCGCAAACAACCAAAUCCUUUUGUGCACAAAAACGUGGCGGUAGUGCCAAAUUACCAUGUGAUGCCAACUGUCAUUGUAGUAAAGAACCACAAGGGCAUUGCGAAGACGACUGCCCUUCCCGACCCAAAAAAACUGCUACAACUAGUAAAGUAACUCAAACUGAACAAAAACGUAGAAAUGUUACAACAUUCACUAUGGACACUCCGGCCACAUCCCGGACACAGAAACAUACAAAUACAGAAAGUGCGGAGACGUUACAAUUGAGGAAAAAAGAAAGUCCAACAUACGUACAAAACCAUACAAAUUAUUUUGGGUCAGAACUUGGAUCGAGAGGAUCAAGCUUUACACGUAAUCCCCAACAUGGAAACAGCUCGGGUGUCAGUCCAAUGCCUAGCCUAACGCAAUACGACAGCGGACAUUCCUCUAGAACGUCUUCUGAAUACUCCACUAUUGAUAAGGUGCAGAAUAUUUUAGGCAACCAAUACGGGCGUUGACAUAAUAAACAAUAAUCACCGAACUUUA